AUGCAAAUUGCUUACGUUGGAUUGGGAGCUAUGGGAUUCGCCAUGGCCGGGCAUAUUGCCGAUCGCUUGAAAUAUGAUGGUCAGCCUCCGUUGUUGGCAUACAAUCGAACCAAAGCGCGAGCGGAACAACUAAAGGAAAAGCACCCCGUGCAAGUAGUCGACUCUUUGGCACAAGUGGCUCAAGCCGAUAUUAUUUUCACUUGCCUUUUAAAUGAUAAAGCGGUUCAGGAGGUGGUUCAGGGUUUGUUGGACCAAGGACUGAAACAGAAUACGAUUCUCGUCGAGCAGUCCACUAUUGACCCGGUCCUCGCACAGGAACUGGCCAGCAAAGUAGCCAACGUCGGUGCUCACUAUAUGGCGUGUCCUAUCAUGGGCCCUCCUCUCAAGGCUCAAGCCGCCGACUUGACCAUUCUCAUGGCCGGACCCAUUCCACAAAGAUCGGCCAUCAAGCCAUUGUUGGUCAAUGUCAUUGGCAAGAAACUGAUCGAGUUGGGUGAGCCCGUUGAAGAGGCGGUCAAGCUCAAAUUAUGCGGCAACUUUUUCAUUACAAGCGUGAUUGAAAUGCUGGCUGAAGGUCUUACGCUGGGUGAAAAAUCCGGUGCAGGACAAGACAAGGUCGUGGAGCUGUUACACUGUGUUUUCCCUGGUACCCUUCUUGGGGCGUACGCGGAUCGCAUGUUGAAGAACACUUACAACAGCGAAGUCCACUUCCCCAUCACUUCGGCCAAGAAGGAUGUCAACCAUAUCCUGCACUUGGCUCGCAGCUCCAACGUCGAUUUGCCUAUUACCGACCUUAUGUUACAACAUCUCGAUGAAGCACAAGCUGUCAAAGGCGAUGUGGAUCUGUCAGCCGUUGUAGGUGCCCUGCGACAACAUGCUGGCUUGGAUUUUGAUCUCAACAAACCAUAA